AUGGCCACAACCACCACCACCACCAUGUUCUCAACCCCAUCGGCCGUUCUCUCCUCCACCACCACAACCACCACCACAAAACCACCCCCACCCCCCCCUUGCAAGCCCCUCCUCCCCUUCAAACAACCCUUAACAACCUUAACUGCCGCCGCCGCCAUCGCCACCAUUCUAACCACCGCACCGUUGCCUUCCCUGGCGCAAGAGUCCCCCUCCUACCAAAUCUACUACGGGACUGCCGCCAGCGCCGCCAACUACGGCGGCUACGGCGGCAACUCCAGCAAGAAGGACUCCGCUGAGUAUGUCUAUGACGUGCCUGCUGGCUGGAAGGAACGGUUGGUGUCUAAGGUCGAGAAGGUUGCAUUUUUUUUGUAUUUGUGGAUGGUAGGUACUAAUGGAACGGACAGUGAGUUCUACAACCCGAAGAAGAAGACAGAGAAAGAGUACCUCACUUUUCUGGCGGGGUUUCGCCAACUUGCACCAAAAGAUGUGAUUUUGAACAACUUGGCACUGUCUGACGUGGACUUGCAGGACCUGAUAGCCAAUGCUGAUAGCUUGAGUUCUGAGGAGGUUAGGGAUGAUAAGGGGCAGUUGUAUUAUGUGUAUGAGAUUGAUGGGGUUGGCACUCAUAGCUUGAUCUCAGUGACUUGUGCUAAGAACAAGCUCUAUGCCCAUUUUGUCAAUGCUCCCACUCCAGAGUGGAAUAGAGAUAAGGACAUGUUGAGGCAUGUUCAUGAGUCUUUUAAGACUGUGGGGUCUUUUUAG